CAGCAUUCUCCAGCAGCCCUAAUCACCACCAAAACACUUAAACACUCAUUUCGUAUGGCACGUAGGGAGAGUUGUCGAGCACUCAACGGGAAUCUAAACACGAGGUCAAGAAGUAUAUAACCACCACCCCCAUCACCCAACUCAUCCCCUCUCCUUUCUCUCACCACCAGCUUCCAACACAUCUUCACAUCCACAACCACUCAAAACAACAACACUACCACCAAACCCAACCAACCAACCAACCAACCCACCACCCAAAAUGCAGUUCCUCUCCCUCCUCGCCCUGGCCGCCGCCGCCACCGCCGCCGUCAUGCCCAACGCCGCCGAGCCCAACGCGGCCGCUCCCCUGGCCGUCGACGAGCAGGCCCAGCCGGCCGCCGCCGCCCCCCAGGCCGAUGCCGCCGGUGGUGCCGAGGCCGCCGGUGCCGCGGGCGCCAACCACUACUGGCCGCCGCCGCCGCCCACCGAGUGCCGCCCGGGUACCUACUCGUGCACCACCACCAACAAGGGCUUCAGGGUUUGCGAUUAUUCGGGCCACUGGGUUUAUGGCGGCCCUUGCCCCUGGAACCAGGUCUGCAAGAUGAACUGGCAGAACCAGAGCCCGUACUGCGUUCCCCGCUACCACUAAGCGGUAGCGCCAUGCGCCGUGCGCCAACUGGAGGAGUUGAGAUGAGAUGGGGGAUGAGAGGCAGAUGGCUG